AUGAUGGGAAAUCCUGACUUUGAGAAGGCCAUUGAUACUCUUCGCUCCGAAAUUGCGCAAGACACCCAAAGCAAAAAGAAUGCAGCAGUUACGUUUACGUCUCCCUUCAAGGUUCCUCCUGGUGCAUCAUCUGUUCCUCUUGGAGAAACCAUUCAUCCCCACAGCGAUUCCAGCUUUUUGCAAGUCCCAUUGGUCUACUGCGAUCAGACGGCCAGCAAUCGAUCUUUGACCAGUAUUGAAGCAUACAUGGAACAAACCUGUCGUCCUCUCUAUGGAAACACACACACAAACACAUCCAUCACGGGGGCACAGUCCACGGCGUUUCUGGCAGAAGCUAGACAAAUUGUAGCGGAAGAAACAAAUGCUAAAAUUACUGGAAAAGCCAGUCAGGAUCUUGUGCUCUUUGCUGGAAAUGGAACCACCGCUGCAGUGGAACUCUUGAUUGAUUGUCUGGGAAUCAAGCAUGCUUGCAACAACAACAACAAUAGUGAGAACAACAAUCAACGACCUGUCGUCUUUAUUGGACCAUACGAACACCACAGCAAUAUUAUACCCUGGAGAGAAUCUGGAGCCGAAAUUGUCAUGGUGCCGGAAUGCCCACAUCACAAGACUGUGGAUUACAAGGCCUUGGAACAACAAUUGCAGUUGCCACAAUACAAGGAACGACUCAAAAUGGGAACAUUCUCCGCUGCUUCCAACGUCACGGGAAAAGUCUCCGACGUGGAUCGAAUUGCAGAUACACUUCAUCGACAUGGAGCUCUCGCCUUUUUUGAUUAUGCCACGGCAGCGCCAUACAUGCACAUGGAUAUGAAUCCACCACCACUGACCGCCGACAAGUAUACCUCAUCCAUUGCCAAGGAUGCAAUCUUUUUCAGUCCGCACAAAAUGAUUGGGGGAGUUGGAACUCCGGGCGUGCUUGUCAUCAAAAAACAUCUCGUCGACCAAACCAAUGCACCCAAAAGGUCAGGAGGCGGAACUGUUUUUUAUGUUACCAACACACAUCAUCGGUUUCUCAGCAAUCGAAUAGAGCGAUUCGAAGGAGGGACUCCCAAUGUGGCUGGAAUUCUCAGGGUGGGACUCGCUUUUCUGUUCAAGAGACAAGUCGAAAAACAGUACCAAGACAUUGUCGCCACACACAAAAACAAAAACAAAAACAAAAACAACCAACUGGAAGAUACAUGUAGCAAGGAAACAGACGAAACAACACAGAAAGACAGAAUACCGUCCUCUCUGCAGAGCCAUGAAUAUGCGACAUACAGUCACAUUGCGAAUUAUUUGAAAAAGACGGCUCCGAAUCUGGUGCUCCUGGAUUCCAACAACAACAACAACAAUGAUGAUGAAUCGCCACAUCUCCCAAUUCUAUCGUUUUUGAUCAAAUGUGGAAACCGGUUCCUUCACUACAACUACGUCUGUGCCAUUCUAAAUGAUGUAUUCGGUAUACAGAGUCGCGGAGGGUGCCAAUGUGCUGGUCCUUAUUCACAGCGCUUGUUGGGCCUGAGCAAGUUGACCGAUAGCGGUCGCAGGGAGGAAAUCCCCAAUGAUCAAAACAAAGCCAUGGAACAUGCUUUGCUUCAUUACAAAGAACGGGCAGAGUCGUUGAGACCGGGUUAUACCAGACUGAGCCUGCCUUUUAAAGGGCUUCGCAGCGAGGAAGUGCAGUACGUCGUGGAUGCGCUUGUAUGGGUGGCCAAGAAUGGUUGGGCACUCAUGUGCCAUUAUCGAUGCAAUCAUCGUACGGGAGAGUGGCGACACGCAAAUCGACAAGGAAAACCGCUUGGCAAGUCAGAACGAAAGUGGCUCAGCCACUAUGAUAGGACUUCAGAUGCUCUCAAAAAGUUGACAACCGACACUUUAACACCCGAAUCCAACGGUAUUGAGCGAGUAUUGAGAGAUGCACUUUCCAAUGCCAAUUGUAUUCUCAAUGCAGCUAGGAAAGACCAGAACAGUAUAGCGCAAGCGCUGAAAAUGCAGGAGGUUGAUGAAAGAGGUUCUGAUGCGUUGGAACAGUUGCGUUGGUUUGUGAAGCCCAACGAGAUCGCGUUGCAUUUGUCGCAAGGUCUGAAACAAGUACCAGGAACUUUUUCGGCGGAGCUUGUAGGGGGGCUGCGGCCGGUAGCAGCAGAAUUGUACUUUACCACGAAAGGCGAAGACGAACGGGCCGUUCCCUCGCGUGUCAAUGACAAGACACAUGUUGCUGCUGACGGCGACGGUGAAAUGUCAUUACAAGCUGCUAUACCCGUCAACGAUGUGGCUUUGGUUUCUGCCGAUGGCAGCAAUUCUACCAGGCCUCGGCGAAUGAGUAAUUCGAAAUCCCUCCGACCGGCCAAGAGGCCAAGGACAGCAGCCACAGCCACACCAGGUAGUAAUCCCUCCAGUGACGUUUUGAGGAAGGUGCAAAACGACGGGGUGCAAGACGUCAAGAACGAGACCAGAAAACCAUCACGAGACAACGAAAAAUGGGGCCGUGGCAACUUUGUGCAGCCACUGCUCGAUCCGGCCUCAGAGUCCAAAUCUAGUGCCUUGAAGAGCAAAAAACCACCUCCCGACGGAGAAGCUGGCAACAAGCAAAGCAAGAAAAAAGCUCUUCGACCCCCCGCAAAGCUGAUGCGACUUAUAACCCAAGCUGUGAUACAGUGGCAUAUGCUGGAAGAAGGUGAUCGGCUUCUGCUCGGCUUGAGCGGUGGCAAAGACUCUUUGAGCUUGCUUCACUGCUUGUUGGAAUGUCAAAGAAAGCUUCCAAUCAAAUUCACGAUCGAGGUUUGCACGAUAGAUCCCAUGACACCAUCGUUUGACCCGAGUGCGUUGAUUCCUUAUGUGGAAUCUUUGGGCUUGAAGUAUCACUACAUUCGGGACGAUAUUGUGACGAGAGCUAACGUUGCCGGGAAGGACGGAAAAACCGCUUCCUCUUUGUGUGCGUAUUGUGCGCGGAUGAAACGCGGCAACUUAUAUACCUGUGCACGCAACAACAGGUGCAAUAAGUUAGUCCUGGCACAGCACUUGGAUGACUGCGCCGAAUCCUUCCUGAUGAGCGCGAUGCACAAUGGUUCCUUGAGGACAAUGAAGGCUCACUACAAGAUUGAUGCUGGCGAUCUUGCAGUAAUUCGUCCCCUGAUAUACUGCCGCGAGGGUCUCAUGACUGCUUUUGCAAAGUCUGCCAACCUCCCGAUCAUCAACGAGAAUUGCCCUGCCUGUUUUGAAGAGCCAAAAGAAAGGGCAAGAGUGAAGAAGCUCCUGUCUAGAGAAGAAUCAAUUUACCCCAACGUUCUUGACAACAUUCGUAGAUCCUUGAUCCCGCUCAUGCAUGACGAUCUGUCGAUUAUCCUACGAAACUACACCGAAGAAGUUGUGAGCAGAAGCCGAAAGCCCGCAAAUGGGAAGAAGCAAAAGAAGGGCAAGUCUGACGAUAUAACUCUGGACGUUUCUAAAACUGCGAAAGAAUCCCCCUUGGUCGCCACUGCAGCCACAUUGCCGUGUUUGAGUGACGAGGAGCUCCUUCUGGAAUUGGCCAGAAGAAAGGCCGCAGCCGCUUUCCCCCAGGGUCAGGAUUGA